AUGAAUGACGACUCGGGUCGGUUAGAUUUCCUCUUCGUGCGCGCACUGCGCGGCGCAUCGUCUCCGCGCGAGCGCCUCCGCGGGCUCGACGCGUUCGCGAUGACGAUAUGCGUCGGCGCCACGCAUCGCGCGCCGCGAACGAGGCAUACGGCGUCGAGAACGGGGAUGAACAGCGCGCGUUGCGUUCGAUCACACAAACGCUCGAGCGUCGUCAACGCGACACCGAUCGCACGCGACGAGCUCGAUCGCGCGGCGCGCGCGCGUGGAUUGACGCUGACGUGUGAUUGGAUCGGACCGGCGUUUAAGAUUCGGGCGGUGCGAUCGAGCGGGGGCGUGGGGGCGAGCGGGAUGGUUGAGCAGGGCGGCGGCGACGAAAGCGAUGCGGACGUCGUGGCGACGCACGAGGGGUUCAUCGCGCCCCCGCCGUUCGGGAUCUUACACAUGGAUAGCAUGAGAGUGUAUAAUUCAAAGGUGGCGAGUGGGGAGCGGGCGACGAUGCGGAGCACGUUCGGGAUCGCGAUUUUGUUGGGGACGAUGUCUCUCCUGUUCGCGAGCGAAGCCGGGUGUAAGAAGUGCGAGUUGUUGGCAAUCGACGACGGGAACGGGUACGCGGAGAAGUUGGUGAGAUACUACGGACGAUUGGGCUUCGAAACCGUUCGCGUGGUCGGGGACAAUGGUUUGCGGGAUCUGCCGGAUUUGCUCGUGUGGGGAGGCGUCGGUACGCGCAUGAACGGAGACGUCGAUGCGCUCUUGGAAAAGUGGGGCAACGUCAUCAGAAAAUCGCUCGAGAAGUAG